AUGAUUCCUCUGUGUGCGUUAUUCCUAACUGCAUUGCUACCUUCGUGCUCAUCAGCCUACAAAAUGGCUCUUUUCGUCCCUGGUAUAGCAAAUAGUCAGGUGCUGUUCAGCUCAAGAGUGGCUGAAACAUUGACUAAAGCAGGCCAUGAUGUGACGAUGAUUAUGAUUAAUUCAUUGGAAGACUUCGAGAUCAAAGUGAAGAUUAUGAAAGAAGUCAAAAUUUAUGCGGUAAACGCGUCUUUCGGGUUGACCAAGAGGAUUAUGGAAGAAAGACAUAGCAAAGUAAUAUACAAGGAUUUGUCUAUAUGGGAUACCAGAUUCCGCGAAAACCUCAAACAGGCUACUGAUUUCCUGACAAUGGCUUGUCGAAGUGAAUAA